AUGGAGGCUAAUCACUCUGAACAGCCCUCAACCAAACCAGCACCACAGUCAACACCCCCAAAUGACAGUUCAUCAUCACCCAAUCAAAAUGUCAUGGGAAAGCAAGAUGGUCAGGAUUCCUCAACUUCACUCCAAGCAGCAGAGCAGGUGGCAAGUAUACACUCUGAGAAAGGAGCUCACGAUAUCUCCGACGAAUUGAAUAGACAACUGGAAGACAUCAUAAGCAUGUAUGGGUCUGCUGCAGGUACAACUGGCAAAGAAGGCCCUGCCAAGCCCAAGGAGCAGUCUGAAAAUGCAGAAGUACCUGACCAUGAGGAUGGGGACUGUGAAGAAACUGCUGAAGAGGCUGAAAGAGCAGCCAGUGCUCCUGGAGAGCCAUCCACAGGCAAAGACCCAGCCAGCAAUAAAGAGCAAAAAUUGGAAAAGAAGAUCCUAAAAGGAUUAGGCAAAGAAGCCAACCUGCUAAUGCAGAAUCUGAACAAGCUGCAAACACCUGAAGAAAAGCUCGAGGUUUUAUUCAAGAAGUAUGCUGAAUUGCUGGAUGAACAUCGCACUGAGCAAAAGAAGUUAAAACUCCUGCAGAAAAAACUGGUACAAACCCAGAAAGAAAAGGACCAGUUACAAAGCGAGCACAGCAGAGCGAUCCUCGCUAGAAGCAAACUGGAGAGUCUGUGCCGAGAGCUACAGAGACACAAUAAGACACUGAAGGAGGAAACCCUCCAGCGGGCACGUGAAGAAGAAGAGAAAAGGAAAGAAAUCACAAGUCACUUCCAGACUACCCUGACAGAUAUCCAGGCUCAGAUAGAGCAACAGAGUGAGCGGAAUAUGAAGCUUUGUCAGGAGAACACGGAGCUUGCAGAAAAACUGAAAAGCAUCAUCGAUCAGUAUGAGCUCAGAGAGGAGCAUCUGGACAGAAUAUUUAAGCACAGAGAACUGCAGCAGAAGCUGGUGGAUGCAAAACUUGAGCAGGCCCAGGAGCUGAUGAAGGAAGCAGAGGAGCGGCACAGUCGAGAGAAGGAAUAUUUGCUGAACCAGGCAGCAGAGUGGAAACUUCAGGCCAAAGUGCUGAAGGAGCAAGAGACGGUGCUGCAGGCUCAGCUUACUCUUUACUCAGGAAGGUUUGAAGAGUUCCAGAACACUCUGGCAAAGAGCAAUGAAGUGUUCGCCACUUUCAAGCAGGAAAUGGAUAAAACAACUAAGAAAAUGAAGAGGCUGGAAAAGGACACUGCCACAUGGAAAGCCCGGUUUGAGAACUGUAACAAAGCUCUGUUGGACAUGAUUGAAGAGAAAGCACUGAGAGCCAAGGAAUACGAGUGCUUCGUGAUGAAAAUUGGGAGGCUGGAGAAGCUCUGCCGCGCUCUACAAGAAGAGAGAACUGAACUCUACAGAAAAAUCAGAGAGGCAAAAAUAUCUGAGAAAGAUGACCAAAGUCAGCAUACCUCCGAUGAGGAGCCGGAGUCAGAUAUCAGUGCAGAGAAAGAGGUGAACACAGAGGAAGCCAACAGUGUUCAAGACACUAUAAAGAACUUGGCCACCGCCUUUAUGGUAAUCCAUCACCCAGAGUCCACACUGGACCCAUCAGAAAUAGAAGCAGAACUGAGUGGUCCUCAGGAAGGUGGGGACCCUGCCCUCCAGAAGCCUGAACAACCCCCUCAGAUCCCUAGUGGACAUCCAGGGAGCCUUCUGCCUCUCCCAGCUACUCAGACAGAGGCUGGAAGAGGCCAGGCUGCCACAUCCGCCACUAUGGCCAGUCAUGUCCUGGAAAGGUCAGGAGGAGAACCUCAGAGUCUCUCCACUGGGGCACAGGCUUCGAGUCAGUUCUCACAGCCCCCAGCCCAGGCCUUCCUAUCCCAAGUGGAAGCAAAUGGUCCUGCUCAUGUAGAAACUUCUAAUCAGGCCCCACAACCUCCAGCUCAGGUCUCCCUCCUGCAGUUAGAGGCAAAUGACCCUGAUCCACUCUCCACAGUCAGUGAUCAAGUUCCAGCCAUAGUACCUGAGUGUGAGCCCAGCGGGCAGCCAUUGCCAGUAGCCUCAGAGGAACUGACCCCAGAGUCCUCUGCCCAGCCCCAACUGCCCAAAGCAGGUGACAGCAACCUGGAAGGAGUGGACUAAGCAUCAUCAUGUCUUCAGAGGUUGUCGUCCUC